GUUGUAUCUGUGCAAUAAAAUUUUGUCGUGAAUCUUUUGAACAGGAGCUUUGGCUAGAUUCAUUCAAAGCCUCUCCGCCACUUACACUGCUUUUCUUUAUCUCUUAAACGAGCCCGGCGUGAAUGAAGUAAGUAAAUAAAUUAAAUAUCACCUUUCUUUAUUUUUCUUCUUAUAAAAACCCUGUUACUCAGCGCACCAGUAUCCUUCUCAAAUGGCGAAAAUGUGGCUUCUUCUUCGUCUUUUUAUCUUUGCCUUCUUGUUCACUUUCCCCUUUGUUCACUCUCGACCCAGUCCACAGAGUUACAAAACUACCAUUCUUAAUGUCUCAGCUUCCAUUCAAAAUACGUUCAAUCUUCUAUCGCUCCAUCCCAAAACCACACAAGCCUUUACAGAGCAAGAACACAGCUUUGGCUCAGUGGACUCGCCUUCUUCUAAGCUUUCCCUGCAGUUACAAACAAGAACUUCGGUUUGGGGAACUUCACAAACUGACUACAAGUCACUCAUUUUAGCCAGACUCGAGCGUGACUCGGCCAGAGUCAGAUCUCUCUCAACUCGGCUAGAUCUGGCCAUUAAACGCGUCUCCAAGUCGGAUCUUAGACCACUAGAUAACGGCUUGGAAUUCCAACCUGAGGAUCUUGAAGGUCCCAUUGUGUCGGGAUCAAGUCAAGGAAGUGGAGAGUACUUUUCCCGAGUUGGAAUCGGUAACCCGCCGAGUCAGGUGUAUAUGGUUCUUGAUACUGGAAGUGACGUCAACUGGUUGCAAUGCGCACCCUGCUCCGACUGCUACCAGCAAGCCGACCCCAUUUUUGAGCCAACUUCCUCAUCUUCUUACUCUCCUCUCACGUGCGACACCAAACAAUGCAAGUCCCUCGACGAGUCCGACUGUCGCAACGGCACGUGUCUCUAUGAAGUAUCUUACGGAGAUGGUUCGUAUACUGUCGGCGAUUUCGCCACUGAAACUAUCACGCUUGGAUCGGCUAAGGUUAAUAAUUUAGCCAUUGGCUGCGGUCACACAAAUGAGGGGCUGUUUGUUGGAGCCGCCGGCCUACUUGGAUUGGGAGGUGGCUCUCUUUCUUUCCCUUCUCAGAUUAACGCAACUUCUUUCUCUUACUGCCUUGUUGACCGCGAUUCUGACGCAGCGUCAACCCUCGAGUUCGACUCGCCGUUUCCUCAGAAUGUCGUUACUGCUUCUUUACUCCGUAACCCCGAACUUGACACGUUUUACUAUCUCGGGCUAACGGGACUCAGUGUUGGCGGUAAGUUACUCUCAAUUCCCGAGUCAGCAUUCAAAAUAGACGAGACAGGUAACGGAGGGAUAAUUAUCGACUCCGGAACGGCGAUAACUCGGUUGCAAACGGACACGUAUAACUCGUUACGGGAUGCGUUUGUUAAAGGAACUCAGAAUUUGGUGUCAACUAGCGGCAUGUCGUUAUUCGACACGUGCUAUGAUUUGUCGUCUAAGAGUAGCGUUCAGGUGCCUACUGUUUCGUUUCAUUUUGCAGAUGGUAAAAGUUUGCGGUUGCCACCGAAGAAUUAUUUAAUACCAGUUGAUUCAAGUGGAACGUUUUGUUUCGCGUUUGCUCCAACGACGUCGUCGUUGUCAAUCAUUGGGAAUGUGCAGCAGCAGGGGACACGUGUGAGUUUCGAUCUGGUUAACUCCUUGGUUGGGUUCUCACCAGAUAAAUGUUAAGAGUAGCAGUUUACAUUUUGUGACGGUUUUAGCCUUGGUCAAGAGGAAUGUUAACCAUCUUGGAGUAACGGUCAAAUGUAAAAGACGGAGUGUGGACCCACUUUGAGUAAUGUACGGAGAUAAGUGGAGACCGCUCCUGUGCUUUUGUUAUUAUUAGAAUGAAGUGGCAUGUAAAGUAAAUUAAUUGUAUUUGUUAGGGUAUUCAUGGGAUGGGAAGAACAAAAGGAGGAUAUAACCGUUACGCGCAAAAUUAUUUUUCAAGCAGAGAAAAAGAUAUACGUGAUUUUCCAUUAUGCUUAUCAUUAUAUUUUAUAUGAAGGUUGUAUGUAUGAAGUUUAAGAACAUCAGUCCAGUGCUUUUAAUUUGAUUAAUUGCAUGAGAUUGAGGGUUUUAUGUAUGUAAUUUUCAGUCUUUGAGCAUAACAAGUUAUAAUGGCAGCAAUUAUGAUCUUUA